CCACUUUUAGCUGAACGGGGCAUGUCUUGCAUUUGGAUUCUUAAGUAUGGUUCAGAGACCCACGCUUCACUCUUUCCUUCUUUUUGUCUGGAUUCAGAGCUUCAGUCUCCACCAUCAACCCUUCAAGAGGAAUUUGGACUUCCGUACAGAGACCUUCCUCUCAAACUUCCUAUCUGGGCAGUCAUUUGCAUCACAUGGGACCUGGGAAUGAGACACCAGUUUCAGAAUUUAUUCUCCUGGGAUUAUCAAAUGAACCAGAACUGCAGCCCCUCAUAUUUGGGCUUUUCCUCUCCAUGUACCUGAUCACUGUGUUUGGAAAUCUGCUCAUCAUCCUGGCCGUCAGCUCAGACUCCCACCUCCACAACCCCAUGCACUUCUUCCUCUCCAAUCUGUCCUUUGUAGACAUCUGCUUUAUCUCCACCACUGUCCCAAAGAUGUUGAGGAACAUAAGGACACAGAACAAAGUAAUAACCUAUGAAGGCUGCAUCAUCCAGAUGCAUUUUUUCUUAUUUUUUGCAACAUUGGACGUGUUCCUCCUGACUGUGAUGGCCUAUGACCGCUUUGUGGCCAUCUGCCACCCACUCCACUACACAGUCAUCAUGAACCCCUGGCUCUGUGGACUCCUGGUUCUGCUGUCCUGGAUCAUGAGUGCUCUGAAUUCCUUGACACAAAGCAUAAUGGUGUUGUGGCUGGCCUUCUGUACAGACUUGGAAAUCCCCCACUUUUUCUGUGAAGUUAAUCAAGUGGUUCAGCUUGCUUGUUCUGACACUUUUCUUAAUGACGUGUUGAUGUAUUUUGCAGCUGGGGUGUAUGGUGGCAUUUCCCUCACUGGAAUACUUUACUCAUAUUCUAAGAUAGUUUCCUCUAUACUAGGAAUUUCAUCUGCUCAGGGGAAGUAUAAAGCAUUUUCCACCUGUGCCUCUCACCUCUCAGUUGUCUCUUUAUUCUUUUGCACAGUCCUGGGAGUGUAUCUUAGCUCUGCUGCUACUCACAGCUCACAAUCAAGUGCUGUUUCCUCGGUGAUAUACACUGUGGUCACACCCAUGCUGAACCCCUUCAUCUAUAGUCUGAGGAAUAAAGACAUAAAGAGGGCUCUGAAAAGGAUCAUUGGGAUGGCAGCUAUAUAAGGACCAGUUUUCCUGGGGCUGAAGAAAUGCCUGUGAUUUUAGGGCUCAAAACUUCAGAGCCCAAUUCUUUGAUCAGGUUGCUGAAGUAAAACUUGAUCCUUCGAUUUAUUUCCCAAAAUUUCCAUUUCUUUGAAUUCAAGGCCUCUACAUUUUAUUAUCAAAUGAAAUUAUAUACUGGGAAUUGUACCAACUUUUAUUGUUCUCCCCAUGAGUGUGUAUUGAGCUGUAAAUCUCUCUAUUAUGUUUCUAAGUGAUGCCGAUUCUGUCUUGAAUCGGUUUAUGGUUAUUUCUGUAUCUAUGCUGAUCUCCUAUUUACAGAAAAAAAAAUGAGUUUAUCACGUGAAUUACUUAUAUUUAAUUUCAGCAUUUCUAUAUCCAUAGAUGAUGUUUGACUUCCUUCCCAGUUAGAAGACAGCUCUCACCCAUGUUAAGUGAGAACCACCUGCCUAAGCCCUAGAUUCAACCCUUAGCCAUUCACCAUCAGAUUCUUUUCCAUUUAUUAAGUUAUUGGAAUAUAAUUACACAAAUAAACUGCAUAACAGUUUGAGGGGCUUCCCUGAUGGUUCAGUAAUUAAAAAUCUGCUUU